UACAAAACAAAUUGGACGGAAAAAUGAAGGCUACGGUUUUACUAGCUAUUUUUGCCCUUUUGGCCAUAUCAGCAAAUGGCGCAUCAACUAAUUCAUCUCCUAGUCUCAAUCCUUUCGAUUACUUGAAUGUAGCUGAUAUUGCCAAGAAAUACAUAGCAGCCUUCAAAAGAAUAAUGCCAUGUGGAUUUGCUCCAUGGAAUUUACCACCACUAGCACCGUACACAGUCGAUCAUUAUGCCUAUAAUUUAACUGGAGAUGACUACAGCUUAACGGGUUCCUUCUCCAAUGUGUAUAUUGAAGGCUUAAAUGAUUGGAUAGUCUUGGAUUUAUCAUACAAUACUACAACCGAGUUACUUAAUUUCGAUGUAUUGUAUCGCAAUAUACAAGUUUUGGCUGAAUACACUUUAAAUGCUUCAGUUUCUAUUGCUGGUUUUCCAAUAAAUUAUGAUGGUGAAGGAGUUGUUAACUGGGAAUAUGUUGAUCUUCGUACAGUUGGUAGUUAUAAACUUGAAACAACCAGCUCUAAUGGCUUGGAGAUGACUAACUUUAAUUUGCAAGUUUUACUUGGUGAUAUUCAUAAUAGCGAUUGGAACAAUUAUUGGAACAAUGAUGUCAAUAAUUUUGUAAAUCGCUUCCAACGCGAAUAUGGUCUCUUAUGGAUCCAACAAUAUCAAACAUAUAUAUCUGAUAUGUACUCUGAAUAUGUUUUACCUCUUUUAAAUAGUCAAAUUGGUAAUCUUUCUAUGACCGAGUUCCUUGAAACCUUGGUAGGUCUUACAAUGCAAUUGGAUGAGAUGCCUUGCACUCCAAGUCAAUAAUUUAAGCGCAUCAUUUUGUUUUAUUUAAAAUGAUGUUAACAAAGAACAAUCGUGUAUAUUAUGUAUAUAUAAGAGUAUGUAUAUCAGUUAUUAAUACAGAUAUUGAAUUAUGUUGAAAUAAAAUUUAUUUGCAUAAUGUGUAUAUA